GAUGCUCCAAGUCCCUUGUAGCUCUCUUCGGAAGAAAAUCAGGAGAGUUCUCUUCUCUUGCCAUAAGAACAGCCCUGUUUGACUGGCACGUUGGUUCUGGGCCGCUGGAAGAAUUGCAAGCAGGCUCCAGGAGUUUCUUGCUUUCACUUGAGUGGUUAGUUCUCUGUAGAUGGAGAACGAUUUCAGUCUUAACUGCCCUGUUUUCAAGGUGUUCUCUAUAGUCUGAGCUGCUUUAUAAACUGGGCCACUUCCCAAUGAGCUACCCAGCCAGUCCUUGCCAGGAGCUGGCCGAGAACUGUGCAGUGCGUGCAGCAGGAAUGGCACAGGAAGACAGCCGUCGCGGUCAGGCACCACCCGCCUUCUACCAUGGUGCCAGCCAGGAGCUCGACCUGUCCACCAAAGUGUACAAAAGGGAAUCUGGAAGCCCUUACUCUGUGCUAGUGGACACCAAGAUGAGCAAACCACAUCUCCACGAGACCGAGGAGCAGCCAUAUUUCAGGGAGGCAAGGGCAGUGUCUGAUGUGCACACUGUCAAGGAAGACCGGGAGAAUUCUGAUGACACGGAAGAGGAGGAAGAAGUCUCUUACAAAAGGGAGCAGAUCAUAGUGGAGGUAAACCUUAAUAAUCAAACAUUAAAUGUAUCUAAAGGGGAAAAGGGUGUCUCUUCUCAGUCCAAAGAGACUCCUGUUCUUAAGACAAGCAGCGAGGAAGGAGAGGAGGAGAGUGAGGAGGCCACAGAUGACAGCAAUGAUUACGGAGAGAACGAGCGGCAGAAGAAAAAGGAGAAGCGAGUGGAGAAAGUCAGGGUUACACAAAGGCGAACCCGAAGAGCUGCCUCUGUUGCUGCAGCUGCCACUUCCCCUGCACCUCGCACAACUCGAGGCCGUAGGAAGAGUGCAGAGCUACCCAAGCGGAAGAAGCGGGCUGCCAAGGAGCCCAAAGCUCCUGUCCAGAAAGCUAAGUGUGAAGAGAGAGAGACUCUGACCUGUGAGAAGUGCCCCAGGGUCUUUAAUACUCGCUGGUACCUGGAGAAGCACAUGAACGUUACUCACAGGCGCAUGCAGAUCUGUGAUAAGUGUGGCAAGAAGUUUGUCCUGGAAAGUGAGCUGUCCCUUCACCAGCAAACAGACUGUGAAAAAAACAUUCAGUGUGUUUCCUGUAACAAGUCCUUCAAGAAACUCUGGUCCCUUCAUGAACAUAUCAAGAUUGUCCAUGGAUAUGCAGAAAAAAAAUUUGCCUGUGAGAUUUGUGAGAAGAAGUUCUAUACCAUGGCUCAUGUGCGGAAACACAUGGUCGCACACACAAAAGACAUGCCAUUUACAUGUGAAACCUGUGGAAAGUCUUUCAAGCGCAGCAUGUCACUCAAGGUGCACUCCUUGCAGCAUUCUGGAGAGAAGCCCUUCCGAUGUGAGAACUGCGACGAGAGGUUCCAGUAUAAGUACCAGCUCCGCUCGCACAUGAGCAUCCACAUUGGGCACAAACAGUUCAUGUGCCAGUGGUGCGGCAAGGACUUCAACAUGAAGCAGUACUUUGACGAACACAUGAAGACACACACUGGAGAGAAACCUUUUAUCUGUGAAAUCUGUGGCAAAAGCUUCACCAGUCGCCCCAACAUGAAGAGGCACCGCAGAACUCACACAGGCGAGAAGCCUUACCCCUGUGACGUGUGUGGCCAGCGGUUCCGUUUCUCCAAUAUGCUGAAGGCCCACAAGGAGAAGUGCUUCCGAGUGACCAGCCCAGUGAACGUACCGCCAGCUGUCCAGAUCCCUCUGUCCACGGCGCCAGCUGCUCCCGCUCCAGCUGUGGCCAACACUCCUACGAGCCCAGCCCCUGCAGUCAGUAUGAACCCCGUGGGUGGCGCGCUUCCCUCAAGGCCGGUCCCGCAUCCUUUCUCGCACCUGCACAUCCACACACAUCCACACCACGCACAUCACCUCCCCAUCCCACCUGUGCCUCACCUGCCCCCACCUCCGGCCCUCUUCAAGAGUGAGCCUCUAAACCACAGAGGCCAGAGUGAGGACACCUUCCUGAGGCAUCUGACAGAGAAGAACAGCGCGCCCCAGGCCCAGCAUCAUUAGCGCCAGCCGGAGUGCCAUCCCCAUGGUGAGUUGGCAGAAGGGGUGCAGCUAUGCCUCUCUGGGGUCUCCCUGUCUCCAUGGCCUCCUACAGGACUUUGACCAUUGUCCUGGUGAGCGAUCAGACUGACCCAAAGGAGUGAACAAGAAGACUGCCCUCACAACCAGGGGAACCACUGAACUAAAGCCCAAUUUGCUUGCAUUUUCUGAUGACUUUUAUAAAUUUCAGAUACUCAGACUGUGGGAUUUUAUAAUUUCAUAUCAGCGGAUGAGGUAUGCUUGCUUUUAUAUCCUGGUCUUCUCCUCAAAGAGGGGACAGGCCUGGUUUCCUUUAUACUAAUCGGGAAGGCUGUGAGAUUAAUCCAGAGCAUUAACUGUAUCACUGUGUAUUGUAAUGAGUUCUUUUCAGCUUUUGGUGCUGACUGCAGUCGAGCUGGCCACAAUUCACACAAUAUCAAGCAUUAUAGAGAAGACGGGAGUUUUCUUCUUUGUGUAGCUCUUUUAACACACUCUUUAUUUUACUACAGAAAUUAUUUUAGAGUUUUUGUAUAGACUUUAGUAGUCUGUUUCUAAAAUGAAAUGUAUUUCAAUAAGCUGUGUAAUUUUUUCAGUGUAGCUAAACCCAUGUUGUAAAAUAGAUAAAUUUUUAUAAUCAUCAAAAUGUGAUUCUUAAAGAUGCAUAUAAUAACUUCUAUUUCAAAUUUAUUCUAACAUCCAUACAACACAAAGGUGCUUCUGGGACUGGGUGAGGGUCACCAGACCAGGUUACUGCAAGAGCAAGGUUCAUAAGUACUCAGGAACUUGACCAUCUUUGCUGGGCACUCCGUCCAUCAGCUCACUGACACGCUCCAUCCCUGGUGUCCCUUUGAGCCCCUCUGUGGAUUCAGUGGGGUGGUGCAUUGGAAUAGGGUCACCAAAAGCUUGUCUGAUUUGAAAAUCUGAGUAACAUUGUGAAUACCUUCAGAAGGAAGUGGCAGAGGUUUCCUUUCGGUCACGUCUGUUUCUCACUUCUCUUAGGAACUUUGUCACACUCAGCUGUUAGGGGAAGAUAAAUUGGAAUCUCUAAUUUUGAGGUUGCUGUGUUUCCCAGAACCAUUAGGAGAAGCUGAAUGGUGAACUGAAAUCAUAAGUGUAAUUGCUGAUAGAGGCUGAGAAAUGCGAAUGAGAAGACAAAUUGGCUUCUAAGUUUUAAAAUGUUUGCAGUGUCUAAAAUGUGGGUGUCACUCUGAUUGCAUCUGCCAUUUAAAUUGUAGUGAGAGGAAACCCCAGGUACUGCUGCCUCGUCCUCCGCAGUUAGGCGAGGAAGGAGCAACAAAACACCCUGCCUCUGGGCAACUUCCACAGGGCAUGGUCACCCUGGAGCGGAUUAUAUAGGAAGCUGAAGAGAAGGACCGACAUAGUGGUUCAGUCAGCUGGCAAAUGUGGACCACGAAGCUACACGUUUUCUACUUCUUCACCUUAGAGACUGAGUUCCAAGAGUGGCCACUUCCACUUCUCUUCCUCAUUUCUCUUUCCUCAGGCUCGUAAAUCAGAACUUUAGCUGUUAUUUAUUUAUCUUUGAUAUGAAAUGUGCAGAUAUGCGUCACGCACUUUUUUUUCUGGCCACUUAACUCUGGAUGGGGACAAUGGACUCUGGAUUGAAGUUAGGUUCCUGCUUCUACGUAUCAUACUCUACAUUUGCUUUUUGGUUUAAUAUUUCUAGAUUUACUAGUUUUACCUUCAUCUUCUGUAAUGCAUGGGAAAAAAUGUGUGCCGAGUCAGGAAAGUAUCUCAGGACACACUUUUCCUCCAGUUCUAGGCAUAAAUUUUAACAAAUGGUAGUUUUAAUAUCUGCGUACAUUCUUGGAGCCCCCAUAUACCCAAGCCAAAUAGGAAGCCAGUUCCUUCUCCGCUUACUUCCACACUCUCCUUUGCAUCCCAUGGAAAGUCUGCAGAUCUACACUUUCAUGUAGACAUCAAUAUUUCAUGGUCAACCUAUAAUAUUAAAAUAUUUUUAUCAAAAAAGUA